AAGCAACUCUUUCUCCAGAGUCAGUUACACCUCGAUGAGCCAUGGGAGCAAUCAAACGACACACACCUGAGUUUCGGCGAUCCCCAAUCGCGUAUGCGAAAUACUUGAUGCUUAUAGUAAUUAUGGUGGCCUUGGCCUACAAGACUCUCCAGGCUGACAACAAUUUUGCCGGGUCUCUGCCAGAGCUCGAUUUCAUCGUAGAAGAUCUCCCUUCGCAAACAGCUCUUGCAAUAGACAGCUCUCUAACCCAGCGUCAAAAAUUUGAGGUCUUCCGUCAAUCCCAAGAAGUAUCUCCUUGGGGAGGGAGUGCUACUGAUGCUCCCCUAUUCGAGAGACUUUGUAGAAAACACUCCGACAUCUUUGGAUUUGGACACGGCGGUCGAGACAUCACGGAUGGAAUCAUUCGUGAACUUGCCAAGAAUGAUGCUGUCGUCAUUAUGGAGGUUGGGGUGUGGCUGGGGCAAUCGACGGCUCGUUGGCUCAAUGUUCACCCUAAUGUCCGCGUGAUUGCCGUUGACCCCUUUUCGGCUCCUAACGGCACGCAUAAAAAACUUUCAAAGGUAGCUGAGGAAGACAAGGUGUCCUUUGGACAGCCAGAGUUCAACCGAGCAUUGGCACAGUUUGCGAUUUCAAAGGCAGCCCCUGGCGCCCACGAUCGAGUAGUCUUUGAGACUGGGCUCUAUCCACAAGCUGCUCAGCCUUUGUUCCAAGCAAGCAAGGACGAACGUCCAGCGGUAGAUCUUUUCUACUUGGAUGGAGGAAAAAGAACGGAUACGGACGCGCAUUUGAAUUUUGUCGAGGAAACGAUUCGAGGAAUUGUUUCUGAGUUCCCCGACGUUAUCCUCAGUGGAGAUGAUUGGGGGUUUUCGAAACGGUUCAGAAGUUUGAUCGUAGAGUUUGCGGAAGGCCGCAAUCGUUCCGUUUACGUCGGCGAGGCUCGCACUUGGAUUAUGAUUAAUGACCAAGAUCCUCGGUUCAGCAAUGCGCAGUCAUUGCUAGGAAAAAAGGUGGCUUUGUCUGUUGCAAGACAAUGAUGAGGGAAAGUGCGAGUGUGAUCUACCAUUUGCACGGUUGCUUGCUUGGCAAAUAGUUUAUACUCUCUAUUACUGCGUAAAUUUCCUAUG